UGCCAACUGACCCAUUGAGAGACAAUUCCACUCACAACGAAUCCACUAUGUCGGCUACCGAACCGGGAACGCUCAGCCACGCUCGCUACGGGAAGGACCUCGUGCGCGUCCUUCGUGUCGUUCGCGAAGGAUCGACGCACCAUGUCGUCGAAUACAACGUCAAAGCGCUCGUAGAAGGCGACAUCGCAACUAGCUAUACCAAGGCGGACAAUUCUGUGGUAGUAGCUACCGACUCCAUCAAGAACAUCACCUACUACAUCGCGAAGACAUCGCCGCACGUUCUUCAUCCCACGCGCUUUGCUCUUCAUAUUGCGACGUUCCUACUCUCCAAGUACCCGCAUCUGCACAAGGCAUUCGUGGACGUGGAAAGGCUUAGGUGGACUAGGAUUCCGCUUAGCGGACAAGGCCAGUCGACGCCGCACCCUCACUCCUUCUAUCGCGACGGAGAUGAUAAGCAAACCGUCUCUGUCGAGGUCGACGGCACCAAAGGGAAAGAUAAAAUGGUGGCGCACGUCCGAGGCGGGAUGCGGGACCUGUUAGUAUUGAAGUCUACCGGCUCCGCCUUCCGUGACUUCGUACGCGAUGAAUUCACCACCCUUCUAGAGGUCCCGGACCGCAUCUUCUCGACGUCCGUCGAUCUCGAGUACGCAUUUGGGGAAGUCAGGAUCCCCGCGGAAUAUAAGGAUUCAGAGAAGACCUUGAAGUCCUUUACCCUUUCCUCCGCCGGCAAGGGCGACGUCUGGGAUGCUGACUUCGCUGCUGACCUUGCUCGAAAGAUUACGCUCGACGUGUUCGCUACCGACGAAAGCGAAAGCGUUCAGGCCACUCUCUACAAGAUGGCGCAGACGUUACUGAAUGAAGACCAGUACAUCAACACCGUCACUUACAAGCUGCCGAACAAGCACUACGUACCUGUGGAUAUGCGGUACAUUGGGGUGGAUAAUGUGACUCCGACCGAGGCGGAGGUGUUCACCCCGUUGGCCGCACCGAGUGGAUUGAUUACUGCUACAGUUACCAGAAAAUAGGUGCUUUCGCUACGACGAUAGACAGCAGCAUGCAAUGCAAUACAAAUUCAAAGAAGUGAUGUAAUU